GAAAGAGUAAAAGUACCUAUAAAUUCCUCGGUAGAUUUGGAGUCAAUCGAUGGGUUGCUGUAGGAAAACUAGCUUUAUAAAACUGAAAGAUGAAGAUCUUAAUAAUAUUCUUUUUGGCAAUAAGAGGUAUCGUUUCAUAAACACCCUGAAAAAGGCAUCAGCAAGAUCUGAUUAUCGAAACCUUGUCAUCAGGCACACGAAGCAGUUCAGUAAUAUUCAUAACAACAGGCAGUUCCUUCCUUGGCAUCGCUGGUAUUUGUUGCAGAUGGAGAACAUCCUGCGCAAAGUGGACCCAAUUGUGACGGUGCCCUAUUGGGACUGGAGUCUAUGGUCAGGGGCACCCUGGUUGGAUAAGAUCAUGAGCACGUGGAGCAAUGCACCAUGGGGCUUAGGAAGCAACGGUGGAAGAGAUGGUUGUGUGUACAGCGGACCGUUUGGAAAACACCGUUUUUCGCUGACAAGCGGAGGAUGCCUCAAAAGAAAUUUUAAUGGUAAUCCACCAGACUGUAUAGCCGUUCAUAAGUGCUUGCGUAUCUUCUCUAACAAGUUCACCGACUUCGAAAUGACGCUCCGUGACACCUUACACAACAACAUGCAUUGCAGAAUCGGAGGGAGAGGCGGAACCAUGUGCAGCAGGCAAUCAGCCAAUGCCCCAGAAUUCCUUUUGCACCACGGAUUCGCCGACAAACUCUGGUCUGAUUGGCAGAAGAAGGGAACCCGAUACAAAAAUGCUUACUUUUCAGGGAACAUUCAUCUUUACGGAGUGUCCCCCCGGCUCAGGCCUCAGAACUUGAUGGAUCUGUCCAGACAGCCCGGAGGGGUUUGUGUGGCCUAUGACGACCCUCCUCAUGAGAACUACAAAUUGUGUCACGAGCAACUGGCGAGUUUAAGCUUAGCAGAGAUUGACGCUAUUCCCAGACAGAAGUUCACGCGGCUCAGUAGUCUGGAGUUUGACUUGUUUAUGACAAGGAAGAGGGAAAAGGCGCAAGUGAACAGGGAAAUGAACGAACUUGAACCCAAGCACGUCUUGUCCAAAAGUAGCAAGUUGAAUUCUCAAGACAACCAACUGGGAUUCAAGAUAGAAGAUGUCAAAGAAGCUAUAAAAAGAAAGAAGAAGAAGAGAGAAGAAAUCAUCAACAAUUAAAUCCAAGCUUCUCUAGCAGACAGAAAGUCUCAGCAAAGCUGACUGCAGAACGUGCUAUGAAAGGACUCUCAUUUAACUGGCUUUAGCUCUCUUCGCAACAGACUCCUCAGAAAAACUCCCUUUUUUAUAUCCUCCAACAAAACAAUAAAAAAGAAAAGAAACAUGUUGGUUUCUAUAAAUGCACAUUUAGACAUAAAUAAUUCCGUCAAUAAACUUGUUGUUCUCUUUGUGUACAACGAUAACGUUGAAAUGGGAAUCUCUUUCAGUUCUCAGCCUUAUGUAAUAAAAUCUAGCAUACUUUUCUCCUGUUCUUUCACAGCUCUCUGCUCUCGAUAAUGAUCAAUAAAACGUUUUUUAAAGUU